AUGCGAAACCGCCCCGGAUAUCCUCCUGUGCAACGACCAGGGGGAAGUGAUCUCCAUGUAAGCGCAGCCACGCCCAUGUCCAUCCAUGCCCACUCCCCUCCACCCCAUGUCCGUGCCAAGCCAGCAUGGUGUGACCAUUUCAAGCCUGCACUGCUCUCCCUGAAAACCAUUGCACCCCACUUCCCUCUUUCUCUCUCAACGUCUCCUCGUGCUGUUGCUGGAGCGGGGAGCAGGCUGCUGGAUGGACUAUCCAAUAGCGCACAGGCCACCAUACCUGCAGACAUUGCCAACAUCACUUCUCUAACCUACCUGUGA